AUGUUUCAGAACACCUGUCGCUUGUGGGUAUCCCAUACCCUAAAACAGUUCGCAGCGACCCCCAAAAAGGCGAUCGCCGCGGCUGGUGGUGGCGGUCUUUUGAAAGUCGCGCCGAUCCCAGGCUCUGGCGGGCAAGUCGGUGAAGUCGGCCCUGCAGGUCGGGAAUCCCCGAUAUCGGAUUUAAUCCCCUCCAAAGAACCCGCGGCGAGCGCGAAGUCUCGCAAGAUCGCUGGCAAACUGCGCUUCGACGCCCAUAAGGCGGGCCUGCAAAAGGUUGAUCAGGCCUAUGUUGAGCAGGUGAUCCAAGAAGCCUCAAAAGAUACGGCGUUUUACCGAAAAGAGCAGCGCUGUGAGGAGGCCCGCCGCCUUAAAGUGGACGCGAUCCUCAAAAAGGCGGAGGACUAUCCCAACCUGCCGAACGAACGAAAGCAGGCGCUGCGCAGUUAUGUCGAGACCCUCGAGGCUGAAAUGGAGGCGGCUCGGGACGUCUCCCGGCGCUAUAUUCACAUUGACAUGGACAUGUUUUACGCCGCGGUGGAGGAGAAGAAAAACCCCGAACUCCGGGACGUCCCUUUUGGCGUGGGCUCCCUGCAAAUGCUCUCCACGACGAAUUAUAUCGCCCGGCAGUACGGCGUUCGCUCCGGCAUGCCCGGGUUUAUCGGGGUGAAGCUUUGCCCGGAUUUGCUGAUCGUGAAAAACGACUUUGCGAGUUAUCGGCGGGAGGCCGCGAUCGUCCACGCCAUCGCGGCUCGCUACGACGCGAAUUUCGUCAGCGUCGGCCUCGACGAGCUCACGAUGGACCUCACGAAAUAUCUGGACGGCUCCGACGGGGGGGUCGCCGCGCAGCUUCUGCAGAACUUCCGCGAUGAGGUCCGCGCGCGGACGGGGCUGACCUGCAGUGGCGGCAUCGCCCCCACCCCUUGCCUGGCGAAAAUCGCGAGUAAUGUGAAAAAGCCGAACGGGCAGCAUGAAAUCGUCCUGCGGAGCCGAAAGGAGGUGCUGGAUUACGUCAAGGCGAUCCCCCUUCGCAAGGUCACAGGCAUCGGCUACGCGCAGGAGAUGACGCUGAACGCGCUGAACGUGAAGACGUGUGGGGACCUGCUCAAGCACAAAUACCUCCUCGCCUUUCUCUUCAAGGAGAAAACCUUUAGGCUCUAUUUGUCCAUCGGGCUGGGGUUGAUGAACGCGCAAACCCACAAGCCCCACGAGGCCCGGCAGUCUAUCGGGAAGGAGGUCUCUUUUAGCGAGCCCUUGACCUCCCCCGAGGCCUUUUCGAAGCUCUUUCGCAAGCUUCUCGAGACCUGCCAUGUGCAGUGCGUGCAGAAGCAGCUCUACCCCCAGCAGAUUCGCUUGGUGUUGAAAUACCGGACUUACGACAACCAGCAGUUUAGCACUCCCCUGCCAAAACACACUAACGACCUCAAACUGUGGUUGGAAGCGGGGAAGAAACUUCUGCAGCCUCAUCUCUGCCAGUUUGACGAGCUGAGGCUGGUCGGCGUGCGAUUGCAGAAGCUCGCAUCCGAAGAGGGCGUCCCGUCCGAUAAAAAAGGGAAUUUCCACAAUAACACCGACGCGAACCACGAUGAAAAAGGGAUGGACCACCACGACGAGAACGGCGUGGACGAGGGGAAGCAUGGCCGCACUCGCGAUGUCGAGCGCAUCGAGGAAUCCGAUUCAAAGACGUCUGGCGGCAUCCAAAAGAAAGGACGCGGCUCAGAUACCCGCUCCAAAAAGCCUUCGCGCGUGAUUGCCUCCGCACCUGCAAAAUCUUCGAAGCAAGGCGGGCGUGCACACGCAAAGGUUCCUAAAAAGGCUGUCAAAUCCACCACUAAUAACCCCCAAAAGAAGCGACGUUGA